AUGUUCCGUCCCGCCUCUAGAGCCCUCCUCCGCGCGCCGGCCGUCGCCCGUGGCCCGGCAAGCAGACGAUUGAUAAGCACCGCUCCCGCCGAGUCGAAACCGAGGAGCUGGAAGAACACCGCUGUACGACUGGGAUUGGCCGCUGGCGCAAUCUACUACUAUAACACGAGCAAUGUGUUCGCGGAGAACCCAUCCUUCUCCCUCAACAACCAGCUUAAGAAAAACUCCGCCGAAGAACCCCUCCCCACCCUCGACUCCAUCAAGCCCAGGAUCCGCGAAGAAAGGGAAUCCGCCGCCCCCAAGCCCAAUGCCGAACAAGCCCCAGCACAAGAGCUCCCCUUCGGCGAGGGCGCCGUGAAGUCGCCCCAGGAGCUCGAAGAGGAGGCCGGCCAGGAAGCCGCCUUCAACCCGGAGACCGGCGAGAUCAACUGGGACUGCCCCUGCCUGGGUGGAAUGGCUCACGGCCCUUGCGGAGAGGAGUUCAAGGCUGCGUUCAGCUGCUUCGUGUACUCUGAGGAGGAGCCUAAGGGCAUGGACUGCAUUGAGAAGUUUAAGUGCGUCUGA